UUGCUCUUGUGUAUGUUAACGUUUUUUUUCUAGGGUUAACGUUUCACUGUAAUCUUUCUCUAUCUUCUCCAUCUAUGGAUUAGGGCACGUCUCGCUCAUAAAUUUCAACUCAAUCCGCGUAUUUUCAUUUCAGUUGCUUUGGUGUAUAAUUAGCAUAACUGGAUGAUUUCUCUCUUGCCAUUGGUCAAGGCAUUUCCCAUGAGCUUCGCAGUAUCUGGUGUUCAAUUGGUUUAAAAAUCACUUCAUCUGAAGUCGGAGGGUCAUAUCAGCUACAACUGAUAUUUUGAACUUGUUAUGCCCAAAGUUCUUACUUUUUGUUGUAGUUUAGGAUGCUGUUUAUGUAAUUUUGAUGUAAAUUUUCUUGCAUAGAGCUUUCGUGUUCCAACUUCAGGAGUGUUUACCACAAGAAUCUGAUUCUUCAUGGUGCUUUUUGAUCAUUUUACACCACUAAAUUGAUGGGGAUGUGAACCAAAUGGCAUAGCAAGAAGAUCUUAUCUGCAUAUCCAGUCUUUAGGCCAAGGGAUGAUGUGGCAUUAAUAAAACAUAGCAGCAGAUGGUGGAGUAUCUGUUAAGGGGUUCUGGAAAGCUGUUGGAAGUUCUGACUAUUAACAUUUGUGGAUGUAUUUAGGAUCCAGUCAAGACUAUAAUCCUGGAUGUUAAUGGGGUGUGCUGGAUAAGCUUUUAUCAUCAAGUCCAGUAGACAUGAGCAGCAUUGCAUCUCAGCCAUUAUCAACACCUCUUCAAAUGGAACCUGUUUCCAAUCAAGACUCAUCACUUAGUGUAGGCCAACAGAAGCCAUUAUUACCUUCAAAGAGGAAAGCUACAGCAGAAUCUUUCUCCAAUAAUCCCUUACCUCUUCAUUCAUCAAUUCCAAACAAACGUGUAGUUCAAAUAGAUGCUCAUGUAAAUUCAAGUUCACCUCGUGUGUCACCACUCUCUGUGAACAAGAAACAAACGCAAGUACAAACCACGGCUAAUGGUCAACCGAAUAAAAGAAUGAUGAGAAAUGAGUCAAUGUCAAAUAAAACCGUGUCUCCAAGGGUACAAAUGUCAAAGAGCAAGACUGCACCACAGGAAGUGUCACCAAAAGUUCAAAGUGAGUCAUAUGUACGUGCAAAAAUGAGGGAAACUUUAGCUGCUGCUUUGUCUGUUGGCAUUCAGAACAAAGAGGAACUUUCUAAUGAUGAUAAGAAUGUGGGCCCUCAGUCUACACCUACUGCUGAUGUGGCCAUCAAGGAGACAAGUGAGGGACAAAAGCCUCAGUAUAACUAUGUGAUGCCUGACACUGAUGGUUCAUUUGGGGACACCUUUUUUGUGAAAGAUGAGCUUCUGCAGGGAAAUGGGCUAUCAUGGGCAUGGGAUAUGGAAGUAGAUGAAAAGUCAACUUCAGUGCCAAUUGGUCAACAGGGUCAAGGUGAUGAAAAUGGAAAUGGUAAUGGUGUUGAAGAGGUGAUUGAUUCUCCUCAAGAAUUGGGUUUGAAGAUUGAAGGUGAACUGUUUAAGCUUUUUGGAGGUGUGAAUAAGAAGUAUAAAGAAAAGGGUAGGUCUUUGAUGUUCAAUUUAAAAGACCGAAGUAACCCUGAGCUUAGAGAGAAAGUUUUAUCGGGUAAAAUCUCUCCUGAAAGAUUGUGUUCAAUGACACCAGAGGAACUUGCUUCUAAGGAGCUUUCGGAAUGGCGAAUGGCAAAAGCAGAGGAAUUGGAUAAAAUGAUAGUAUUACCUGAUUCCGAUGUUGAUAUGAGGCGUUUGGUUAAAAAAACACAUAAGGGUGAGUAUCAGGUGGUUGACUUUGAACAAGAUGAUGGUAUUUCUGUUGAGGUGGCUGUAGGGUCAACCUCUAUGGCUACUCAGUUUAGACCAAAGAAAAAGAAAGUGGAAUCUGAUGGUCAACAAGUCAAAGGUGAAGAAGUGAAAGAAGGAGAGGAGACAGGUAAUCGGGUUACUGUUUCUACAGAGGGGACUGAUUUCAUGCAAGAGUUGAUUGUGGAAGAGUUUAAAGAUGAGGGAUUCUUGCCACCAAUUGUUUCAUUGGAUGAGUUUAUGGAAUCUCUUGAUACUGAGCCUCCAUUUGAAAACUUAAGUGUAGAUGGUAAGGAAACGAAGGGUGCUGGUGUCUCAGAUAAGAAGGACAAAAAAGAAACUGGUAAUGAGAAGGUGUCUUCGGGGCCCACUUCUGCUGAGGUGGAAGCACGCGUGGAGUUGUCAAGUGUGAAAAGUGGGGAGACUUCUGUAGAGAGAAAAGUUUUGGCUUCUAGUGUAGCUAUUGGUGAAUGUUUAUGGGAAGGUGACCUCCAGCUCAGCAUCUCUUCUUCAGUGUCUGUUAUGGGACUGUUCAGAAGUGGUGAAAAAACAUCAACAAAAGAGUGGCCUGGAUCUAUUGAGAUCAAGGGCAGAGUGAGACUGGAAGCAUUUGAGAAAUUCCUUCAACAACUCCCCAUGUCAAGAAGCCGUGCUGUCAUGGUUGUACACUUCAACCUGAAGGAUAAUUCUCCAGAGUUCCACAGAGCCAGUCUUUCUGAGUCUAUGGAUUCAUAUGUAGCAGAAGAAAGAGUAGGAUUUGGUGAACCAAUUCCAGGAACCGAAGUCUAUUUCUGUACACCGCAUAAAAGAAUCACAGAAAUGCUGAGCAGACUGCUCUCCAAAGACCAGACCGAUAUACAAAAGUCAACAGACAACGGGCUCAUCGGCGUGGUGGUCUGGCGCAGACCUCAGCCUGCUGCCGCCACGUUGCCGCCUCACCAUAAACACCAUAGAAAAAACACUCUCUCAUCUAGAAGACAAGAAACUAUCAACACCAUUACAAAUUCAAAACCGUUGCAUCCACCACCACCUCCACCACCAGAUCAUGGUGGUGAUGAUGAUGAUGAUGAUGAUGAGGACGAUGAUAUUCCACCGGGAUUCGGUCCUGGAGUUGUUGCCCGGGAUGAGGAUGACCUGCCCGAGUUUAAUUUUUCCGGCGGCAGUGGCGGGUCAAAUUCAAAUUCUGCCCAGCUUUCAAGAAUGGUUCAGUCUAAUAAUACUCCUAGGCCUGUAGCUCAUAUGAGACAUCUUGUUCAUGAAUAUGGUCAAACUGGAAAUAAUAAUAAUAACAAUAAUAAUAAUAAUAGCAUUAAUAAUAGUGGUAAUAAUAAUAAUAGUAAUCAUACACAUUGGAAUGGAAAUAGACCUUGGAAUCGUGAUGAGGAUGAUGAUAUACCGGAAUGGCAACCACAACCGCAACAGCAACUCCAAAUCCAUCAUCAAGGUGAAUUGCCUAACCAUAUGGUCAACCAAGUUAGACCCAUGAUGGGACCACCUGUUAUGCAUGUACGACCACCACCUAAUUUGAUGCAAAAUGUAUGGGUGCAACCGCCUGGCCCUCAUGCUCUUCUGCCUAAUGCCGCCGCCAUGCCAGCUCGGCUUUAUGGUGGGCAGUGGCGGCCGGAGGAGCCAAGGGGUAGAGGUUUUUGA